UGGAGACCGAAAGUCCACGCUGAGCUUCUGGUCUUGGAUCAUUUCUGGACACAAAGUCUUGAGUUUUUAGAUGGAGACCGGUUCAUAGCAUGCAGCAAGCCGGCAUGUUAUUGCUGCUAUCAUUACAUCGCAGCUCAUCCUGGGCGGUUUGAGGUUCCCCCAAGUCACAACAAUUGUUGGAUACGGUGGAGGGCGCCAGACAUAUUCGACAGCACCAGACAGGACCUCCUGAAAACGCGUGAAGACAUCUUGAAUGCGAUGGCUAAGAAGAUACGCAUAGAAGUUCUGGAACAGAUCCGUGAGCGGCGAGGGCCAAGAGCCAACCGACCAGACUCACUGACAGAAAUAUCC